GGCCCCAACUCAGCCACUCACGUUCACGUAUACGUGUAACCGCGUUUUAGAGGCUACUUCCCAUAUUCGGUUGGGUACAAUCGCAACAUACAUUCUCCACUCCUUAUCUCCUUUCUCAGUCCCUAACUCUCGAACUCUGAGUGAGAGAGAGAGAGAGAGAGAAGCAAGGAUGGAGGUAUUCUACUACUUGGUGUUCGGAGUGAUGGCUGCAGUAGUGGCGGCUUUGGAAAUGAGCAAGAGAAACAAUGAUCAAAACACUUCUUCUUCCUUCAAUUCCUUCCAGAACAAUUACAUCCUCGUCUUCUCCAUCAUGAUGGCUGGGGAUUGGCUUCAAGGGCCUUACGUGUAUUACCUUUACAGCACUUAUGGUUUUGGUAAACAAGAUAUUGGUCAGCUUUUCAUCGCUGGUUUCGGCUCCUCUAUGCUCUUUGGAACCAUUGUUGGCUCUCUUGCUGACAAACAGGGUCGAAAGAGGGCAUGUGUUACAUACUGCAUUGUUUACAUACUUAGCUGCAUCACCAAGCAUUCUCCACAGUACAGAGUUUUGAUGGUGGGUCGUAUCUUGGGUGGUAUUGCUACUUCUCUCUUGUCUUCUGCCUUCGAAUCUUGGCUCAUUGCUGAGCACAACAAGAGGAACUUUGACCAACAGUGGCUGUCACUGACAUUCUCAAAGACUGCUUUCCUAGGGAGUGGUCUGGUGGCUAUUCUCUGUGGGUUGCUUGGUAAUCUACUUGUUGACACUUUUUCCUUCGGUCCUGUUGCUCCCUUUGACGCCGCUGCUUGCUUUCUUGCCAUUGGAAUGGCCAUCAUAUUGACAACAUGGUCUGAGAAUUUCGGAUCUGACAGCAAAGAUUUGAUGACUCAGUUCAAACUCGCUGCUAUAACAAUUGCUUCAGAUGAAAAGAUUGCAUUGCUGGGCGCUAUUCAGUCCCUGUUUGAAGCCUCGAUGUACACAUUUGUUUUCCUCUGGACACCAGCUCUCAGCCCAAACGAUGAAGACAUUCCACACGGCUUCAUCUUUGCAACCCUCAUGUUGGCCUCGAUGUUGGGAAGCUCCCUUGCAGCUCGUCUCAUGGCUUGCUCAUCUCUCAGAGUAGAAAACUACAUGCAAAUCGUCUUUCUAGUCUCCGCUGCUUCUCUUCUGCUCCCCAUUACAACAAGUGUCUUGGUGACUCCUUCUAAGGUGAAAGAGGAAGGCUUGUCACUAGCUUGCUCCAUCCAGCUACUUGGUUUCUGUGUAUUCGAAGCUUGUAUUGGGAUAUUUUGGGCAUCGAUAAUGAAGAUGAGAUCACAGUAUAUCCCUGAAGAAGCAAGAAGCACCAUAAUGAAUUUCUUCCGUGUUCCGCUCAACCUCUUUGUCUGCAUCGUCUUGUACAACGUUGAUGCGUUUCCGAUCACAAUCAUGUUUGGUAUGUGCUCAAUCUUCCUCUUCGUAGCUUCCAUUUUACAACGGCGGCUUAUGGUCAUCACCGAAAACCCAAAGGGAGAAGAGCGAAGUCCCAUGAAGGAGCGAAACUCGGAAGUCGACCCUCUUGUCCUCUGAUCAUGUUCCGUUCAGUAUUUCUUAGUUUAUUAAGAGCAUAUGCAAUUGUGUUCCCACACUGGCGCGAUUUUCAGUUUAAUUUUUAAAUUAUUU